GCAAUAAUAUAAUUCGGUUGUUAAUGAUUGGCGAGUGUAUUUUUGAUGUCAUACUUUUAUGAAUUUAGUUCCAUUUUCUAAAAUAAUACGCUGGAGGUAUUGGAGUAUACUUCUAUACAUGUAACAGGUGAUUUUAGCAAGGUGUGCAAUCAGUUGUUAGUGUGCAUAUGUGUGUGUGUGGGUGCAUGACAGCUUUUCCUAUUUUCCUUUUAUAUGGAAACUUCUAAGAACAAGAACAAUGAAAAAAGUUCAACGAAAGCUGUUAAACACGAUGGAAUGGGAAAGACUUCUACAGGGUCUAAAGUGCAAACAGAAAAAUUACAGUUAAAACGACAGGUCACUCUACUCGGUGGUGUGUCCAUAAUUAUAGGGUCUAUUAUUGGAUCAGGAAUAUUUAUUUCACCUAAAGGUUUACUACAAUAUUCAGGAUCUGCUCCUGUAAGUUUAAUUAUUUGGACAGCAUGUGGCAUCAUAUCCUUAUUUGGUGCACUGUGUUUUGCUGAACUUGGAACAUUAAUACCUUUAUCUGGUGGAGAUUAUAUUUACCUGUUAAAAGGAUUUGAAAAUCUUGGUUCAGCUAGUCCAAUACCUGCAUUUCUUUUUCUAUGGAUUUCUAUAAUCACUUUGACUCCCAGUUCAUCAGCAAUCUUGUCUCUGACAGUGGCUGAAUAUAUUAUUGAGCCUCUAUAUCCAAACUGUGUUUCACCUUUUAUGGUUAAAAAAUUAGUAGCUGUUUUGGUUGUUUGUAAGUAA